AUGAGCAUACCGGAGUUCCUACUGGAAGUGUCCAUCGUGGUGAUAGCUGUCGUCUCGCUGCUAACAAACUUGUCAGUGCUGCUAUGUUUCACCCAGAGCGCCGAGUUGAGAUCCCACGUGCCCGGCAUCUUCAUCCUGAACCUCUCCUUCUCCAACGUCCUCCUCACCGUCGUCAACAUGCCCGCCACGUUUCUCGGAGUGGCCGAACGCGCGAAGCCUUUCGGGGACUCGUUCUGUCGGGCUGUCAGCUUUGCGGAGACUUUCCUCACCACCAACGCGAUGCUGAGCAUGGCCGCGCUGAGCAUGGACAGGUGGGUGGCGGUGGUGUUUCCCCUCAGUUACUCCAGCAAGAUGCGCUACAGGGACGCUUUGCUGAUCGUGGCGUACUCCUGGCUGCAGUCUCUCACCUUCUCGCUGACCCAGCUGCUGAUGGACUGGGGGGGUUACAGCCACACGUACGCCUCGUGCACUGUCCACCUGGACGGGGAGGAGAGGUCGCGGCUGGCCGCCUAUGCCACCUUCACGGUGCUGUUCCACGGCAGCAGCUUUGCGCUCUGCCUCCUCGUCCUGUGCUUCGCCUACCUGAAAGUCCUGCGAGUGGCCAGGUCCCACUGCAAGAGGAUAGAUGUCAUCACAGUGCAGGCUCUGCUCCUGCUGGUCGAUAUUCACCCCAGUGUGAAGGAGAGGUGUCUCGCUGAACAGAAGAAGAGGAGGCAGCGCGCCACUAAGAAAAUCUGCGUCUUCAUCGGCUCCUUCAUCCUCUGCUUUUCACCCUAUGUUAUAACAAGGUUGGUGGAGUUGUUGCCCUCUGUGCACGUCCCCCGGUACUGGGGCAUUGCCGCCAAAUGUCUGUCCUACGCCAAGACGUCCAGCGACCCGUUCGUCUACUGCCUGCUGCGGCAGCAGUACAGGAAGGUCCUGGUUAGCAUCAUCAGCCGGGUCCUGAGAAAGGAUCAGUACUUGCUGUCCGUCCACAGCAUGAGCAGCACGCUGGACACCACAGAUGACAACUGUAUUGCCAGAAUUACCUGA